UCCGGAAGCGGAGGCAGCUCAGAAGAGAGGGGCUCGAGGAGAUCUGAACGAGUCCGUUUAGGCUCCGCUCACUCUUCCCUGCCCUCCCUCGAGAAGCAUCGGCUGGUCCCCUGCCGCGCCUCCUGCCCGCCGACCGAGUAGCGCGGGGAGCAGGCCGCGCUGAACUCCGGCCUGAGGCGGGCAGAAAUACGGCGAAAGGGCGCAGGCUGUGUUGGCAUGUAGCAGCCAGCGGGUUAUGUGGUGAGGAUGAAAGUAAUUAAACAUUCUGAGGAGGUCCUGAAGGUAGCCCUGAUCUCCAAGGACACACAGCUUGUGAGGCUUUAUGACAAGUUUGAGCCCAAGGAGAAGCUUUUGCUAAAUGAAGCAUUUCAACCGGACAGCCUUCUUUUUAAGCCCAUCACACUACAUUCUGAUUCAGAUUGGAUCUCCUCUCACCCAGAACCCACCCAAGAUUUUGCACAGUUUUAUCGCCACCCUUGCAGAAACAUACCAUCUCCCCAGAAAAGUCACAUUUAUAUCCAGCCCAUUGGUUCUUUUGGAGAUUCUACAGUUACUACGGAUGUCUACAUGAGAUGGGUGAAGGAUUACUGUGAAGCCUUUUACAAUGGCCUGACUGUAAGAAUCUUGGGGCCAGAGCCGGUUUUGCACACAAAUUGUGCUUUUCGAGUCAAUGAAUAUACACACAAUCUACAGAUUCAUGCAGGAAUGGGGAUCUUCAGCUUUGCAAGGUAUGACAGUGACUUUUACAGCGCAAACUACAAAGGCAAAUUGAAGACCACAAAAAAACUUUCUCCAACUGACUAUUCUGUUUUUGAUGGUUAUUAUACCCCUGAGGUAACAAGUAUUCUGCUUCUGAGAUCCUGCAAAACUCUGACUCAUGAAAUCGGACACAUUUUUGGGCUCCAUCACUGCCAGUGGUUGCAAUGUGUCAUGCAGGGGUCCAAUCACCUGGAGGAAUCAGAUCGACGCCCUUUGGAUCUUUGUCCCAUUUGUUUGCGCAAGUUACAGUCUGCCCUUGGCUUCAAUAUUACAGAAAGAUAUAAGGCACUGAAAAGAUGGAUGGAGGAAGAGGCUAAUGGAACUGAAGCUGAACUCAGCAAUGAAGCCCAGCUGGGUUUGCGGAAACCUGUGGAAGCUUUUAAAGAAAGCUAUGACUGGAUUGUGAAAUGCCUAGAGAUUUUGCAGAAGUAAAAUCCUUCGGUAUAUGAAAUAGUAUCAAAUGGAAUUAUAUUUACAUGGUUGACACUGCUGCUAAAGCAUCACAAUAUAAAUUUAUUAUCUGUUUUGUAAGUUAAAAUCUAAAUACCAUGUUAAAUUUGUAGUGAUGUUGAUUUUGUGAAUAGAAUUUCAUAUA